GGCACUGAUGGUAGAUCACGUGAGUCCCGGACACGGGUCGCAGGAACGCUGCCGGGCUGCGGGCAGUUCUUGUUGAGUUUGGUCCUCAGUGGGCCAUGGCCAACGUUUCUAAGAAAGUGUCUUGGUCAGGCCGAGAUCGUGAUGAUGAGGAGGGGGCGCCGCUGCUUCGAAGGACAGGGCAGCCUGACGAGGAGACGCCGCUGCUGAACGGAGCCGGUCCCGGCGCGCGCCAGUCUCAUUCUGCACUUUUCCGAAUUGGACAGAUGAACAACGUGGAGCUGGAUGAUGAACUCCUGGACCCGGAAGUAGACCCUCCUCACACCUUCCCCAAGGAGAUUCCACACAACGAGAAGCUCCUCUCCCUCAAGUAUGAGAGCCUGGACUAUGACAAUAGUGAGAAUCAGCUCUUCCUGGAGGAGGAAAGACGAAUCAACCACACGGCUUUCCGGACAGUGGAGAUCAAGCGCUGGGUUAUCUGUGCCCUCAUUGGAAUCCUCACAGGCCUGGUAGCCUGCUUCAUUGACAUUGUAGUGGAGAACCUGGCAGGCCUCAAGUACCGAGUCAUCAAGGACAACAUCGACAAAUUCACAGAGAAGGGCGGCCUGUCCUUCUCCCUCCUGCUGUGGGCCACACUGAACUCUGCCUUCGUGCUCGUGGGGUCUGUGAUUGUGGCCUUCAUAGAGCCAGUUGCUGCUGGCAGCGGAAUCCCUCAGAUCAAGUGCUUCCUCAAUGGGGUGAAGAUCCCCCACGUGGUGCGGCUCAAGACGCUGGUGAUCAAGGUGUCUGGCGUGAUUCUGUCUGUGGUAGGCGGACUGGCUGUGGGAAAGGAAGGGCCAAUGAUCCACUCAGGAUCCGUGAUUGCUGCUGGGAUUUCCCAGGGAAGGUCAACAUCACUCAAGCGAGAUUUCAAGAUCUUUGAGUAUUUCCGCAGAGAUACAGAGAAGCGGGAUUUUGUCUCAGCUGGAGCUGCAGCUGGAGUAUCUGCUGCAUUUGGAGCCCCUGUGGGUGGGGUCCUGUUCAGCUUGGAAGAGGGCGCCUCCUUCUGGAAUCAGUUCCUAACAUGGAGAAUUUUCUUUGCUUCCAUGAUUUCCACCUUUACACUGAAUUUUGUUCUGAGCAUCUACCAUGGAAACAUGUGGGACCUAUCCAGCCCUGGCCUCAUAAAUUUUGGAAGAUUUGACUCAGAGAAAAUGGCCUACACCAUCCAUGAGAUUCCUGUCUUCAUCGCCAUGGGUGUGGUGGGCGGCAUUCUUGGAGCUGUGUUCAAUGCCUUGAAUUACUGGCUAACCAUGUUUCGAAUCAGGUACAUUCACCGGCCCUGCCUCCAAGUGAUUGAGGCCAUGCUGGUGGCUGCUGUCACAGCCACAGUUGCAUUUGUCUUGAUUUACUCAUCUCGAGAUUGCCAGCCCUUGCAGGGGAGCUCCAUGUCCUACCCACUCCAGCUCUUCUGUGCAGAUGGCGAAUACAACUCCAUGGCCGCAGCCUUCUUUAACACCCCUGAGAAGAGCGUUGUCAGCUUGUUCCAUGACCCACCAGGCUCCUAUAAUCCCAUGACUCUCGGCCUGUUCACCCUGGUCUACUUCUUCCUGGCCUGCUGGACCUAUGGCCUCACAGUGUCUGCUGGUGUCUUCAUCCCAUCACUGCUCAUUGGGGCUGCCUGGGGCCGACUCUUUGGCAUCUCCCUGUCCUACCUCACAGGGGCAGCGAUCUGGGCAGAUCCGGGUAAAUAUGCCCUGAUGGGAGCUGCUGCUCAGCUUGGUGGGAUCGUGAGAAUGACCCUUAGCCUGACAGUCAUCAUGAUGGAGGCCACCAGCAACGUGACCUACGGUUUUCCCAUCAUGUUGGUGCUGAUGACUGCCAAGAUUGUGGGUGAUGUCUUCAUUGAGGGCCUCUAUGACAUGCACAUCCAGCUGCAAAGUGUGCCCUUCCUACACUGGGAGGCCCCGGUCACUUCACACUCGCUCACUGCCAGGGAAGUAAUGAGCACACCUGUGACCUGCCUGAGGCGGAGAGAGAAGGUUGGCAUCAUCGUGGAUGUCCUGAGUGACACAGCGUCUAAUCACAAUGGGUUCCCUGUGGUAGAGGAUGUAGGAGACACCCAGCCAGCCAGGCUCCAAGGCUUGAUCCUGCGUUCCCAGCUCAUUGUGCUCCUGAAGCACAAGGUGUUUGUGGAGAGGUCCAACAUGGGUUUGGUGCAGCGGCGGCUGAGGCUGAAGGACUUCCGCGAUGCCUAUCCACGCUUCCCCCCAAUCCAGUCUAUCCACGUAUCCCAGGAUGAGCGCGAGUGCACCAUGGACCUUUCUGAAUUCAUGAACCCUUCUCCCUACACUGUGCCUCAGGAGGCAUCUCUUCCUCGAGUGUUCAAGCUGUUCCGGGCUCUGGGCCUGAGGCACCUGGUGGUAGUGGACAACCACAAUCAGGUGGUCGGGCUGGUGACCAGGAAGGACCUAGCAAGAUACCGCCUAGGAAAGGGAGGCCUAGAAGAGCUUUCGCUGGCCCAGACGUGAGGGCUGGCCCCCACCCUUGGACAGUGGCACCCCGGCCCCUCUGCACUUCCUCCCAGGGUCCCUGGUCUCAGCCAAAGCCUUGUCCCCUGGGCAGUGCAGCAACAGGAGCUCUCCCUGGGCUUGGCUGGUGUGGGGGCCAGACCCUUUUCCUGGGCAGUUGUUUACAUCAUCAGCACUUUCCUUAUUCCCUGACCCUCCGGUCCUCAGACUGACUUGCCCUACUCCUGGGCUUCUCCUAGGAUGAAAUGUGUGUUAUCACACCCUUGUGGCUCACUUCUGAGAGCCAGUAGAGGCUAGUGUGUGAGAAAGACAGACAGGUAAGCAGGUGUGAGCUACUACUUACUGCUGUUUCUGCUGACUGAGCACCUACCCUGUGUCUGUACUGCCCACACCAGCCAGGAGCUUCAGAAGCAAGGGCAUGAGGAGCUGUGCAGCCUGGAGCAGGCUCUGUCAGGGAACCCACGUGUGCCACACAUGCUGCCCCGUCUCUUUGUCCAGAAGUUGGGAAGACUGGGACUUUUGAUCUAAAAAUCGCAUGAAGACUGAAUUUGAGUUCACCUACAUCUGCCCUAGGCUUUUAGACCUGGGGGUCAUGGCACUGGACCACAGCCAGAAAGCAGAUCUUAUCGAAGCACUUAGGUCCUGUUAUCCAUAGUAGCCUGCUUACUACUGUCCUGUGUGGUACACCCUUGGGAAGUGGCCUCCCAGGGCCUGACAAUUCUGGGAUGGCCCUAGGAUGGAUGGACCUGUGAGCACCAGAGCCAAGGAACCUCACCCCUAAACCCUGUCUUGUCAAAGCUGGCUCCACUGGAGUAAGCUGGACCUGACAUCCCUCAGUGACCUUCAGAGUCUUCCCCCCCACCCACCCCCCAACACUUUUUAAAGAUAGUUGCAGUGUCUCUGGCAGGAGUCUAUUACAAGGCCACACAGGUCUUUGGAAAGCUGGCAGCUCCUGCCUUUCAGUUGUCCCUCCAAAAGAGUGACUCUUCCUUCCAUGAGGAAAUGGGCCUAAGUAUGUUGUCUGGAGCGAGAAAUGAGUUCUCUGCCUCAUGCUCAGUAUUCUGGGGAGUCAGGCACUCAGCAUGGUGAGAAACCAGUGCAGACAGCACUUCUGUAAACAGUAGCUGCUGUCUGCUGCUGUGGGCAGUGGUGCAGUUCUUGAAGGGUAUUGCAGCCAGCCCAGGGCCCAGUGGGAGGGCCGUCCAGGGACCCUGGCCUUCUCAUCCCAUCUCAGACUUGCUCUCAGGCUCACUGCAGAGUGUGGGUUCUGCAGCCUACUUGGAUGGCAUCCUGUCCUCAAGCCUGGGCAUAGCAGGCUCUUCAAGAAGUUAAAACUAGCCUGCCUGGUGGGCAGGUCCAAGUGACAAUGCCAGGGACGCUCUGGAUCAGGAAGAGCCAUACCUAAAGUUGGACCCAAGGGGUGAAAAACAUGCAUAGGGUCUCAAAGACCUGGUACCAAAAAGGCAUGUGCAAUCUGUCCACAGUUGUGUGUUGACUACAUGUUGAAAUGAUAUUUUUGGAUAUAUUAGGUUAAAUAAAGCAAUCAAAGUUUGUCUC